GCCGCGCCGCGCCGCCCUCCCGGGAGCAGCCGGCCGUGCCCAGCCCAUCCCCCUCCGAACGGACGCAGAACUUCGGGGACCCGGGGCUUCCUUCCCUCCGAAAAGAAUGUAGCUGGUAACUACAUUUCCCCUUUCCACGAUAUUCCUCUGAAGGUGGACCUUAAAAAGGAAAAUGUCAUUCCCAGAAAGAAAGCACGAAAUGAUGAAUAUAAGUCAGAGCACACUGCAGCUGGCGAGGAGAAGGGCGAGGUAGCAGGAGCCCCUGAUCAUCAAGUGCAAAUGGUGACUGAGACUGUGGCUUGCAGCCUCCAGUUUCAAACCUGUUCCUCAUCUGCUGCUCUUUUGGCCCAUUUCAGAUCUGUGCAAGUGGCUUUGAAUUUGUUUAAUAUGGUUGUGGAAAUACCUCGGUGGACAAAUGCCAAAAUGGAGAUUUCCACCGAGGAGCCACUGAAUCCCAUUAAACAAGAUGAAAAGAAUGGAAAGUUGCGCUAUAUACCAAAUAUCUUCCCACACAAGGGCUAUAUAUGGAAUUACGGAGCCUUCCCUCAGACCUGGGAAGAUCCUCAUCAAAAAGAUAAGAACACAAACUGCUGUGGAGAUAACGAUCCCAUUGAUGUUUGUGAAAUAGGCUCAAAGGUUCUUUCCUGUGGAGAUGUGAUCCAUGUAAAGAUCCUUGGGGUUUUGGCACUUAUCGAUGAGGGUGCCACAGAUUGGAAAAUAAUUGCUAUCAAUGUGAAUGAUCCCGAGGCUGAAAAAUUUCAUGAUAUUGAUGAUGUUAAGAAGUUCAAACCAGGUUACCUGGAAGCCACUCUUAAUUGGUUGAGACUUUAUAAGGUACCAGACGGAAAACCAGAAAACAAGUUUGCUUUUAAUGGAGAAUUCAAAAACAAGGCUUUCGCUCUUGAAGUUGUUAACUCCGCACAUGAAUGUUGGAAAGCAAUGCUCAUGAAGAAACGUGACCGUGGAACUAUCAACUGCACAAAUGUGCACAUCCGUGAUAGCCCUUUCCAUUGCACUCCAGAGGAAGCAAGAUCAUUAGUUGAAUCGAUCCCAACACCUUCAAUGAGUAAAAUAAGCAAUAUCGAAGAAGAUAGGUGGUACUUCCUCGACUGACGGGGUCACUGGAGGUACUGCAGUGAGACUUCACCCUCUGAGGAUCCCUGAGGCUCCUUCUCCCUUUAGUGCUCUUGAGAAGCAAGCUGAUACCCAGCCCAUUUGAUGACUUCCUGUCAAAACAUCAUUGUUCUAAAACUUUUUAAAUAAACUUGUAAAUAAACACUGACAUUUUGAA